GAUGAAUGUAGUAUUUUACAUAAUUAAUAAAUUUCAGAUAAAUUAUAGUAGUACAAAUAUAAAUAAUUAAACCAUACAUCGGUCCGAUUCCAGGCUUCCUAUGAAUUAGCAAAGACAGUGAAAAUGUGAAGAUAGUAGUCAAAGUAAGGGUAUAAAUGUAAAUUUAAAUCAUUGAAUCAUACUUCGGUCCAGUUCGGUCCGGUACCGGUUCUCAUUUUAUGAGAACCGGUCAUGGCAUUGUUUAGAAUCGGUACGGUUCGGGACAAAAAAGAUUGAGAUCCGUUUCAAACCCCAUUUUUCGGUCCGGUACCAUAUCGGUUCGGUAUUUUUGUCCACCCCUACAAAUAUGAAAUAUAUCAACUACAGUGGGCUUUUGAUUCGGUGGAUUCUAGCCUCCGUCUCCUUGAAGGAGUCAUAUAUCCUUAUAACUCUUGAUUGCUUCGUGCAUAUUAUACUCCAAUUCUCCGUAGUUUCCCUAAACUUAUUUUGUCAAGACAAGCUUACCAUAAGGCGGUUCGAGAAUCUAGGGUUAAUUAGGGCACCAACGGAAGGUUGAUUGAGGAUUCAAAAUGGAUGAUCAGAUACUGAAGACACAGGACGAGAGGAAGAAAAUGGAGCAGCAGCUUGCUUAUCUGAAUCUCACUGCCGUGACUUUUGAUACUGAUCUGUACAGUUUUGACAGGUUUGAGGGUUAUGAGAAGUCGAUUCCCGUCAAUGAUGAUGAAGAUGCUUUUGAGAACACGGAGAGUGAGAUUGCUCGAAAGAUGGCCUCGUUUACGGCCCCAAAACAGUUCUUAACCGAGGCUUCAAGGGGUGGCGGACAGGAGGAUCUGAAAUUAGGGUUUCGCGAAUCGAGAAAGAUCGUGGAUCGAGAGGACGAAUAUCGUAGAAGAGGGAGAUUGAACCGAGUUUUGUCUCCGGAUAGGUAUGACCCGUUUUCAGAUAAGACACCCGGCCCGGAUGAGAGGACAUAUGCUGAUGUUAUGAGGGAGGAGGAAUUGAUGAGGGAAAUUGCGAAGAAGAAGGAAGAAGAAGCAGCAGCAGCAAGGACAAAUGCAGAGAAGCUAUCGGCUCACAAAAGGAGGAAUAGGUGGUACGAGUCUCAGGAUAGGAACAGCGUGAAAGAGAAAAAGGAGGCCAAGCCUGAUUCUGACUGGGACCUGCCCGACUCAACCCCAGCAAUCGGAGGGUGGGAUGAGGAUGCAACGCCUAAGUAUACUCCUGGGAGGGUUGGUGACCCUACUCCCAGUAGGGUGGCUGAUUCAAUGGCAACCCCUUUGGGUGGCGGAGCUACUCCAGGUGCUGCCCCUGCUGCAAUGACAUGGGACUCUACCCCAAAGAAUUUGGGCUCUCCUACACCUGCACCUAAAAGGCAGAGGUCAAGGUGGGACGAGACUCCUGGAACCAUGGGAAGUGCAACAUCAAUGGAAGGUGCUACCCCAUCAGCGGCUAAUACACCGGAUGUAACCCCUUUUGGUGGAAGUGAACUUGAUACCCCAAGUCCUGGUUCCCUUAACCUCCGUAGCUCUUACACUUUUGCUGUCCGGGUAACGGACAUGAACCACAGAAGCCUUCCCUUAACAGAUGAGGAGCUCGAUAUGAUGCUUCCUCAAGAAGGAUACAAGAUAUUGGAAGCCCCAUAUUCAUAUUGUCCUAUCAUAAACCCUGCUAGAAAACUUCUUCCAGAGGAAAACAGGGGCCGACAGUUUGACAUGCCGAAAGCAAUGCCUGGUGGGAUUUACCACUUACUUUGAAACGUGAUGAUUACCAAUACUUUGGCUCCUUAGCUUGUAGAAUGAGGAAAAUGAAGAGGAGUUGUCACCUGAUGAGCAGAAGGAACGGAAGAUUAUGAAACUCCUUCUGAAGGUCAAGAACGGCACACACCCUCAGAGGAAAACUGCUUUGAGACAGCUGACCGAUAAAGUCAUAAAACCACAGAUUUAGGUGCAGGCCCGCUCUUCAACUCUUGAGAUACUAUGUAUAUACUUGGUUAAUAAUGCAAGUUUGAUUAGUUGGUGACAGGUUGUCUUGUUUUCUUCCUAACUUUCUGGAUGUAAAAAGGGGUAUGACCCUUCUAUCAAUGUAAGAAAACCUUUUACAACAAUAAUAACAUUACAGUUAGACAAUUA